GAAGAGGCGCAAGGUAAACCAUGGUAUGCCGUACCAUUCUUCUAAAUAUUCCAAUAUUACCCUAACUCACCUCGAUGCCGUCUUCGUCGUAUCUAUCUGUCCUGUGGGCUAAUUUUGGUCGCGCGUUCCUACAGCUUGUGUAUACUGCCGUCGAUCUCAUAUGACUUGCGAUCUCGAGAGACCAUGCACGAGAUGUAUCAAGCGAAAUAUUGGCCAUCUAUGCCAUGAUGAGCCCCGGGAUCCGGAUUCAAAGAAGCUCAAAGGCACCCCCGGUGCGGCUGGACACGAAGAGUCGGAGAUCCAGCCCGAGCUACCGCAGAAUUCAAUAGAUCAGAGCGCCGCUGCUAUGGCACCACCGUCAUUCGACGGAACUGGAGCAGCUCAAAGGCCUAAGCAAGGUUUUGGUGCAGCUGCACUAGGUCAGGCAAACCCCCUACAGCUUGUGUCACCGAAUCCGGUCUCCAGUAUGCAGGCCAAUGGCUCUGGCAGCAAUAUGAACCAAUUCGGUGGGUUCUCUGAUGCCUGGCUAUCCGCCCAAAAUCAAUUCCACGAUAUGCAUCACUACCAUCCUCAAUAUAUGCUUGCCCCAGAAGUCUCCCACGAAUUUAAUCUGCUCAAUGAUUUUCUGAACACUAGCCUCCUCGAUGACGCGGGGAACCUGCCGGACGACCAGAAUCUGCUGUUCAGGAAUAACCAGUCGCAACCUAAUCAGUCCGAAAUGGCGAGCUUCGUGGCUGGCAACAAUAGCAACAUUCUAUCUACGAAUUCGAUGCAGGCUGGCUCCAUGCCUCCGCCAAGCACGGAACAGGCCGGCUCCAGUGCCAUCUCAGCAGACAAGACGCGUGAAUUCUAUCUCCAAGCGGCGGAUCCAUCAGGCAACGACACGCCAGAGGCGCGCAUGCAUAGUGUGAUGAAGGCCAAAUACAAUGCGGGCCUUCUAAAGCCGUUCAAUUACAUCAAAGGCUACGCUCGGUUGUCGUCGUACAUGGAUAGUCAUAUUGCUCCCGCGUCGAAGCAGAAGAUCCUACGACAGCUGGAUCGCUUUCGACCCAAGUUCCGAGAGAAGGUGCAGGGACUUACAGAUAUCGAACUUGUCUACGUAGAGAUGUGGUUCGAGAAAACCCUGCUAGAAUAUGACCGAGUCUUCGCAGCUAUGGCGGUUCCGGCUUGCUGCUGGAGACGGACCGGGGAGAUCUUCAGGGGCAACAAGGAGAUGGCCGAACUUAUCCAUGUUCCGGUAGAUAAGCUACGAGACGGUAAAAUUUCGCUGCACGAAAUACUGACAGAAGAGUCGCUCGUACGAUACUGGGAAGAAUUUGGCACUAUCGCGUUCGACGCAGCGCACGACACGCUUCUAACGGCGUGUGCUUUGAAGACCCCAGAUGACCGAUCGAACGAUCCGAUCAUUAACUGCUGUUUUUCAUUUAUGAUACGUAGGGACGAUCACAAGAUACCCAGCCUCAUCGUUGGCAAUUUCCUUCCGCAUGACCCUUCGCAUUCUUAGAAGCAUAUCAUAUCUCUAUAGGAUAUUAGUCGGUAUUCGAAUAACUUCUAUUUGGGCAUCAAGCAGGUAUUAUUUUCGCAUUAACUACCUCUUAUACGUUAUAUCAAUGGCAUAGUGAUGGGUAAUUUACAAACGUUGUUGGCUAUUUCAAGAUAUGAUAGAUGCAUUCUUAUCCAAGAGCUUCAGGGGCCACGUCAUGUCUAGUAGCGGUACUUACUAUUGGUAGAGGUAUUAUGUUUCGGGGCACUAAGAAGGAGAGACGGAAGCAGCGAUGGUAUCCCACUAGGUUUGGAAGGUGCUAUUGGAUCUUUCUGCUACGACUUCCCCGGAUUGGAAAGUAAAGUACAACACUACCUUUUCGUACCUGACCAUAGACUUUUGGAGCAAAGACAAAUAGAAUUCCACUAAAUAGCUUUCAUA